GCAGAGCCCUGCUGAGAUAGAUACAUGGGAAAAGAAAAGGAUUCCUCAUGGAGGGGUCAGCCAUGUUGCAGAGCCAGCAACACAGACCAUCAGAAGAGCAAACCCGGGCGGGAAGAAGCCCCGUCAGAAGCCCAGCCAGACUCAGCGUGCUCUGUGAAGAUGAAGGGCGAGAGCCGCGCUGAAGGCUUCUCAGGAUGGAUGUCACCCGCCUACUCCUGGCCACCCUAGUGGGCUUCCUGUGCUUCUUCACCAUUUAUAGCCACCUGGUACUCGAGGAGACCCUUGGCGAUGACAAGAGUCUGAAGAGCAACUCCUCCACGAACUCACUGGAUUUCUCCUCUGUUUCUAUCGUGGCGCUGAACAAGAAAUCCAAGAUCAGCCGAAAAGAAGCCGAGAAGCAGAAGAGAGCUUCCAAGAAAAAGGCUUCCAAGAAGAAGGCGGCGCGCCCCCCGCCACCCACGCCCUGCGUGGCCACCCGCGGCAGCUGCAAGCCGCCGGCACCCGCCUGCUGCGACCCGUGCGCCUCCUGCCAGUGCCGCUUCUUCGGCAGCGCCUGCAUGUGCCGAGUCCUCAACCCCAACUGCUGACGCCGC